GCCGGGCGCCUCCUCCGUCGUCGUCGUCGUCGUGGUGGUGGUGGUGGUGGUGGUCGCGGCGGGGCCCGGGCCUCGCACCUCAGCGGCGCCAUGAACAAGAAGAAGAAGCCCUUCCUGGGCAUGCCCGCCCCCCUCGGCUACGUACCGGGGCUGGGCCGAGGCGCUACUGGUUUCACAACCCGAUCAGAUAUCGGACCCGCUCGAGAUGCCAACGAUCCUGUUGAUGACCGCCAUGCCCCCCCAGGCAAGAGGACUGUGGGAGAUCAGAUGAAGAAAAACCAGGCUGCAGAUGAUGAUGAUGAAGACCUGAAUGACACCAAUUAUGAUGAGUUUAACGGCUAUGCUGGAAGUCUCUUCUCAAGUGGACCCUAUGAAAAAGAUGAUGAGGAGGCAGAUGCUAUUUAUGCAGCUUUAGACAAAAGAAUGGAUGAAAGAAGGAAAGAAAGAAGAGAGCAGAGGGAGAAAGAAGAGAUUGAAAAAUACCGAAUGGAGCGUCCCAAAAUUCAGCAACAGUUCUCAGAUCUGAAAAGGAAGCUGGCAGAAGUCACGGAGGAAGAAUGGCUGAGUAUUCCUGAAGUUGGAGAUGCUAGAAACAAACGGCAGAGGAACCCCCGAUAUGAGAAACUGACUCCUGUACCUGACAGUUUCUUUGCUAAACAUUUACAGACAGGAGAAAAUCACACUUCGGUUGAUCCCCGGCAAACGCAAUUUGGGGGCCUCAACACGCCCUAUCCAGGGGGACUGAAUACUCCUUAUCCAGGUGGAAUGACACCGGGGCUAAUGACGCCUGGGACAGGUGAGCUGGACAUGAGGAAGAUUGGCCAAGCCAGGAACACCUUGAUGGAUAUGAGAUUAAGCCAGGUGUCAGAUUCAGUAAGCGGCCAGACUGUCGUGGAUCCUAAGGGCUAUUUGACAGAUUUGAAUUCUAUGAUCCCCACUCACGGAGGGGAUAUCAACGACAUCAAGAAAGCCCGUUUACUCCUGAAGUCUGUGCGAGAGACUAAUCCUCAUCAUCCUCCAGCCUGGAUCGCUUCAGCCCGCCUAGAAGAAGUCACUGGAAAAUUACAAGUAGCUCGAAACCUCAUUAUGAAGGGGACAGAGAUGUGUCCCAAGAGUGAAGAUGUCUGGUUAGAAGCUGCCCGAUUACAGCCCGGUGACACAGCGAAGGCUGUGGUGGCCCAAGCAGUCCGCCACCUCCCCCAGUCCGUCCGGAUUUACAUCCGAGCAGCCGAGCUAGAAACAGACAUUCGAGCGAAGAAGCGGGUUUUGAGGAAAGCCCUUGAGCAUGUUCCAAACUCAGUGCGCCUGUGGAAGGCAGCAGUGGAGUUAGAAGAGCCAGAAGAUGCUAGAAUAAUGCUGAGUCGAGCUGUGGAAUGCUGUCCAACUAGCGUGGAGCUGUGGCUCGCUCUAGCAAGGCUGGAGACAUAUGAAAAUGCCCGUAAGGUCUUGAACAAAGCGCGUGAGAACAUCCCUACAGACCGGCACAUCUGGAUUACUGCUGCCAAGUUGGAGGAAGCCAAUGGAAAUACUCAGAUGGUGGAGAAAAUCAUUGACAGAGCCAUCACGUCCCUCAGGGCCAAUGGGGUAGAAAUCAACAGAGAGCAGUGGAUCCAGGAUGCCGAGGAAUGUGAUAAAGCUGGGAGUGUAGCCACUUGCCAGGCUGUCAUGCGAGCAGUGAUUGGUAUUGGAAUUGAGGAAGAAGAUCGGAAGCACACCUGGAUGGAAGAUGCAGACAGUUGUGUUGCCCACAAUGCUCUGGAGUGUGCUCGAGCCAUUUAUGCCUAUGCCCUGCAAGUCUUCCCCAGCAAGAAGAGCGUUUGGCUGCGGGCAGCGUAUUUUGAAAAAAACCACGGUACCAGGGAAUCACUGGAAGCCCUUUUACAGAGAGCGGUGGCUCACUGUCCCAAAGCUGAAGUCCUCUGGCUCAUGGGGGCCAAGUCAAAGUGGCUAGCUGGUGAUGUGCCGGCUGCGAGAAGCAUUCUGGCCCUGGCUUUUCAGGCCAAUCCCAACAGUGAGGAAAUCUGGUUGGCUGCCGUGAAGCUGGAAUCCGAAAAUAAUGAGUACGAGCGGGCCAGGAGACUGUUGGCUAAGGCUAGAAGCAGUGCCCCUACGGCCCGGGUGUUUAUGAAGUCUGUGAAGCUGGAGUGGGUGCUUGGGAACAUUGCUGCUGCUCAGGAACUCUGUGAAGAAGCCCUGAAGCACUAUGAAGACUUCCCCAAACUGUGGAUGAUGAAAGGACAGAUUGAGGAGCAGGAGGAGUUGAUUGAGAAGGCUCGGGAAGCCUAUAAUCAAGGGUUGAAGAAGUGUCCCCAUUCCACACCUCUGUGGCUUUUACUUUCUAGACUGGAGGAGAAGGUUGGACAGUUGACUAGAGCAAGAGCCAUCUUAGAGAAGUCUCGUUUGAAGAAUCCCAAAAACCCAGAUUUGUGGUUAGAGUCCGUGCGCUUGGAAUAUCGAGCUGGGCUGAAGAACAUCGCCAAUACAUUGAUGGCAAAGGCACUGCAGGAAUGCCCCAACUCAGGGAUCUUGUGGUCAGAAGCAAUUUUCCUCGAGGCGAGACCACAGAGGAAGACCAAAAGUGUGGAUGCCCUGAAGAAAUGCGAGCACGAUCCCCAUGUCCUCCUUGCUGUGGCUAAGUUGUUUUGGAGUGAGCGGAAAAUAACCAAGGCCCGAGAGUGGUUCCACCGAACAGUGAAGAUAGACUCUGAUUUAGGGGAUGCCUGGGCUUUCUUCUACAAAUUUGAGCUGCAGCACGGCACAGAGGAACAGCAGGAAGAGGCGAAGAAGCGCUGUGAGAAUGCUGAGCCCCGCCACGGAGAGCUGUGGUGCGACGUGUCCAAGGACAUCGAGAACUGGCAGAAGAAGAUCGGCGAGAUCCUUGUGCUCGUGGCAGCCAAAAUUAAAAACGCCUUUUAGAGCCUGGUCUCUUCCUCCGAAAGCAACCCGGGACAGUGGAUUACCCUCAGCCAGCAGGAGAGUGCGGGAUCCUUAAAACACACACACCAUCUGGGGACAGGAUAGUCGUUUCAUCUGGUUUCCAAGAUUGGUUUUGAAAGAGAAGGCUCAGCUCCACCCUCAGAAGCUGUACUGACAGACAGUGUCCCCAAGGAACUGAGUUUUGUUCAAGAAUUUCCCUUCUGGCAUCAGUAAUACAGAUCUGGUUGCGGAGCCUUUUUAAGAGGGAGAGAUAGCAGUAAUACAGAGCCAUCUCUACUGAUUCUUUCAUUUUAAUUAAUUUUUUUUUAAUUCAGCAAGUCAGGCCUCAUAACCCUCCAUUUCUUCUUGAUUUCCUUCUCUGUCAUGGGCUCCUUUCCAAUCCUUUCUAUCUUCCCUCGUUUUUUGGAAUUUGACCUUUCCCAGUGUUUUCUCAUAGGAAGGUUGCCCCAAGAUGCCCCUUGGAGUUGACCUACACUUUAAUUCCAACUAGAUCGAGGUGAUCUUUGGAGUUGUUAAUCACCAAAAACGUUCAGUGGGCCUAGGGGAAGCCCUUUGCCAUUUUGAAUUAAAAGUCCUACUUGUGCAUCAUAUUUUCAUGGCUAAUUUGGGUCUGGGCUUUGAACUGUGUACUUUAAGUAUACAAGUACAUUCAACCAGGCUUUCUAGACCAAGCCACUGACUUUAUUUUCUCCCAAAGGUUUUAAUAGCAGGAAAGCACAUCGUACAGGAGAAAAAAAAACAAUACAGAGAAGUGAUUCCGUUAAGAGCAAAAAGCAAUUUGAAAUCAGGCCUACCUUUGGUACAUAGUGUACAAGAUUUGCAGUCUGAAGAUCCACUGCUUAGCAAGUAGUAUUUAGAGACCUCUAGGAGUUCAUUGAAAGUAGUGCCCUGUUGAAAUGCUUAUGUAGACAUUGCCUGAAGGUAUUGCAUGAUGAGACAUUCCUUAUGGAACCUUUCUGGGCAAGGUCCAACGCUACUGAUAAUACCUUCAGCCCUUGAAGUUGAACUCCAGCAGGGAUGAAUGGAAGGGACGAAGACCAUUUCCAUUCGUACAGAGAGCAGCUCCUCUUGUUUUCUAGAAAAUGAUCAACCUGAGAUUUUGAGUUGUGGCUCUUCUAAAUCACGCAUUCUGUUUGCCCGAAUAAGAGUUUGCCAUUCAAUCAGUGGUAUUUUUUUAAUGUUUACAUGUGUGCCAAGUACUGUGCUAAGUGCUUGGGAGAGUACAAUAUAGCAGAGGUGGUAAAUGUUCCCUGCCCACGACAAGCUUAAAGUCUAGAGAACUGUCUGCCCAUUUCCCCCAUUUUAUAGGUGACUUUUAUCUAAAUAGGAUUGGCAGUAUCUCAACCAAAAAGGAACCUAGUAAAGGUCCUUAUUUGGGGAAAGGAAUUGCUUAUAGGGAGAAUCGUAUUUCCUCCUAUUUUCAUUCAGUGAGAUGAAAAAGAAUUUCAUUUAAGAAAUGGAAUUUAGAAAUUUGGUUCUGUGUCCGAUCUGAUUAUUUUUUAUCUACCCUCCCCCCUAGUACAGUGCUUGUCACGUACUAAGCACUUAACAAACACCUCAGUUGCUGUUAGGACUAAAUGAUGUUUCCCGUCCAACUCUUGUUUGGUAAGCUGUACAGAUAUUCUAUAAAAUACAAAGCUGUUACGUAGUUACUUAUUGUUUGUUUUGCUCCUAUAUGAUCACCAGCUUUUCCACUGCCAUGUGUCCAACAUUGGAGGCUUCUGACUGUCAAAAGAGUUAAUGGAAGGUAGAUGGAGAUAUCUGACUGGUACUGUGAGAAUGUCUUUCCAAAGGUUCAGGUAAAAACUGUCAGCUUGAGGACAUUUUACAAAUGCAGUACAGAAAAAUACUGAUCCGUUAUUUUGUGUGUGUUUCUUCAUUUAAACUGGGAGAAUGCCCAAGAUAGACAAAAGGUUAUAUAAUCCCGUUCGAAGUACCAUAAUUGGAGAGACUUUGUAAAGGUUGUCACAUAAGGUGCGGUUAGAUGAGCGUACAGUGAGUUUAAUCAUUCAUAUGAAUGUCGGGAGCCUGCGGGGAGAACAACUAAAACAACGUCUCUCAUGAGAAAGGAAAAUUUUAUUUGGUGCCCCUUGUUACUCUUCUUGGCAUACAAAGGCAGUUUUGCCGGUGAUUUCCUGAACCAAAGUUUUCACCUUCAGCAGAACGUUCACAGGAGAUCACUUGUUCCGAGAGAGGAGACUGUCACUGAUUUUGCGCCCCCUCCCUCUUCCACCUCCUCCCCCCUGGGUGGGCAUGGAGUGAGUUGACUGGUGUGGGGCUAAAAUGGAGGGCAGAAUGUUCACGCUGCUCAUAUCAAAGUAUACUCUUCCUGAGUACAUAAGGUUUUAUUUUUUCACCCAGAGCUGUGUCGUAGGGAGCUCUGUCAGAAGCUGUGAUCAAUAUUUGAGAUUUUAGAGUGGAACCCUUUAUGUGAUCAAAUGAAUCCUGAGUGACUUGGUAAAUUUGUAAGCUCCUGUUGCUAGCUAAAUGGGUGAAAUUGCUGUUCUGCCUAUCGGCGGAUCAUUCACAGAAAGAGUAUUCUAUCUUGGAAACGUGCUACUUAUAUUGGUAACAUAGGCCUCUUCUUCGGUGUCAGGAUGAUUUAAGGCAGCAUGACUAAUUUUUCAGGGAGUAUGCCGGUAUUAAUUUUCCAGGUGAAGAGAAUAAGAUAGCCCGGUGUUUUUAUUAAAACCUAAGAAAUCUUUCUUUGGAGUCUGUGCUUGUGCAACACUUGAACUAUACAAUCAGUGAUUGUCGGAGGAUAAAUUUUCAGAAACAAAUUCAUAGAUGGGGAAAAACCUUUUAUUCUGGUUGAUACACAGCAGGACACUUUGUGCGAACGUCAUUAAGACUUGUUCCCCAUCGCAGCUGAUUAAUUUCAGAGCUGUACUGUGUUCCCCUUCUUGUUUCAAAAUGAAUUUCCUUUUGUUAUUUGGUGCCCAGUUUCAUGAAAACAUUGAAAUGGCUAGUAUGUUGUUUUGAUUAAAGUCAGCCUUGAAUUAA